AUGAGUCUAACUAUAAGAAAGAACAAAGACUAUUUCAAAUUGGAGUAUGAAGUGGAUGUUGAUGGUGAUGCUAGUGUGGUCGUUCCUAGUCUCACGCUUGUAAUUCACUUCAAUAUCGUGAUUAAUGGGCAUAUUUUACAAGUAAGUACUUACAACGGUAAUUUUCUAAGAGAAUUUGCCAAUUUUACAAUAAAUUCCACAUACUUUACCAGCUUGGGAUAUGAAACUACUACAAAUGUAUCUACAGAAAACAAAACAUCAUUCAAACUAGAUCUCAAAUGUCAAAUUUUCAAUACUGGUCAGUAUCAAUCUUUAUCUAAGCUAAAAGAAGUGUCAAUCACACUCCACUGGUUAACACAAGAAAACAUUUGCAACAUUCAAGAUCUCACUGAAUCAUUCAACUAUUUACUCAAUUCAUGGAUCUUGGAAGUCGAAGACAAGUAUCCAUUUGUAUUUUCAGUAGUUGGGAGAGAAUAUGUGAAAAUCAACAUGCAUUGGUAUCUCAAAACCCGUAGUGAAGUAUUGGGGGAUUCCGAACCGGACAUUGAAAAAGUGUUACAGAUAUUAAAAUCACACAUAAAGGAGAAAUAUCAAACCAUUGUAUUGUUGAGACAUACUCGGAAGUUAGCUAGGUUUGGCCACAUCCCAGAAAGAAGCGGCAACAUUGUUGGAUCGUAUGCAUUAACUAUUCUAGAUUAUUAAUAGGCUACGAUUCCAGAUCUGAUAAUGCUGUCAUUUCGGAGUUGGGCUUCGAUUCAGUAACCUAAUUUGUCUAAAUUAAAGAACAAUACUAACGUUUUUUGGCAUAUGUGUCACAGAGUACAUAAGCAUAUACAUGUGUAUUACUAAGCACAUCGUAGCUUAUGAUGUAACAUCAACGUAUCAUAGCAACAUACCCUAUGGAUCCCCCAAAAUUUUCUUUUUUUUUAGGCAUUUAAAGUCUGUCUUGGCAGUGGGGGAUCGCAUGGCAGAACGCAAGGAAGGUCGAUCCCUAAGAAAAAGCCCUACCAAGCACGCCACGACUGGACUCCGAGAAUAGAUCCUAAGUGGAGAAUGUUUGCCUUACUAGCGUUAUUGUUUGUGGCAGAUUUUCGGAAAAAUCCACCCCACUAACAUCUCGGAAGAAUUCUUUGCUGUGUGUGGCCA